UAGAGAGGAUCUUGGACUGCUGCACCAUUCGCGCUUCAGUUGAAUGCGGAAUCUGUUUUGUUCUUGCUCGUUGCCGUCUGUGGGUGUUCUGGGCGGAUGCGUGUUCUGCUUGCGGCCCUUCAUAUUGUUAUUUUCUGGGAGUUUGAGUGACGCUCCGUCGCAAUCUGGUUGCGGAAGUGAAGCGCUUUCGUUCGUUAUCUGCCCAUCGGCAUGUGUCGUUCAGAUUUGUGGGACUACCAAUCGUUCGGGUCAAAGUUACCAGAAUAGCGGACGCCGGACAGGAACCACCCAGCCGUUAUCGGGAGCAGGUACUUCUCCCUGGCUUGAAGUCAGGUAUCCGUUUGGUGACAACAUUGGUGAAGGCUAUUGUUACCAAUGGAGCAAGAGUCCAGCAAGGAUGAGAGCUCCGGCCGCCAAUCACAACAACCUGCUGGUGGCACUGCAAUGGAAACAGUUUCUGAAGAGGAGAGUAAGGACAAGUAUCGACCACCAGGUCUGGCUGAGUGCUGUGAUCACUACUUCUCAACCAAUGCACCUCAUCCAGACCUGGUGAGAGCAUGUGAAGAUGACGACGUGGAACAAGUCCGACACACAGUGAAUAUCGGCACUCCAACUGACCCUGUGACUAGACCGGAUCUCUUGGAACAAGUGCCGGAGUCAUACUUUACCAUUGCAUAUUAUGCUACGCGAAUUCCCAUGACAGUGAUGGCUCUUCUGAUACUGGCAGCAUGCUACUAUGGCAGCAUUCAUUGUGUCCAGUUUUUACUGUGGUGUAAUCCGUCGCUCUUGCACGGCAAAGUUAUGUUCAGUGUCGAUAAUGAGCCACGACAGGACUGCAAACCAGUAUCACUUCUACAUGUCUGCGCGCUCCGUGGACAUAAAGCACUGUGUGAGCUGCUGAUAAAAAAUGGUGUCGAUGUUAAUGUCCAAGAUAAGGAUGAUUGGACACCACUCCACUAUGCAGCAAGCGGAGGUCAUGUGUCCGUACUAGAAUAUCUACUUAAUGCUGGACAACCAUUGGAAGCGAAAACUUCGAAUGGUUGGACACCACUCCACUGUGCAGCAGAAGGAGGUCAUGUGUCCGUACUAGAAUAUCUACUUAAUGCUGGACACCCAUUGGAAGCGAAAACUUCGUAUGGUAGAACACCAUUACACAUUGCAGCAAAGCAUGGUCAUGUUUCCGUAGCAGAACAUCUACUUAAUUCUGGACAUUCGUUGGACUCAAAGGAUAAUCACUGA